AUCACGAAUGGGUGACGUCAGAUCAUUAUGAUUUAUUAUUGACCGGGAAGUCAAAAUCACUUCGAUCUUUGUCUUUCUUUUUCUCUUCCCUGACAUAUUGAUAACAUAUCGAGUCUGCUGCCUGCGAUGCUCCAUGCAGGCGGUGCCCUCUCGGGGCAGGGCCCAGAUAUGGCGUACCCGAUCCAUUGACGACACCUGUCGGCAUUACAAACCUGCAUCAAUUAGCUGUCGUCUGGAAAACCUCACCUUUGCUCCGAUAACAGUCGUUCUUUCCAAUUUCAGAGGAUUCUCUGUAAGCAUUGCUCUCUUGCUAAUCACUGCUCCUUUGAUCAAUCAGCACGGUCUCCCCUAGCCUGGGCAAUCAUCAGAUAUAUAUAUUCAAGCUCUUGGGUGACCCGUUAAACCAGAUCGUACUCCUGUAUUGAAGCUUCAGGAAACAUGUCCAUUCCGACCGGCCAGAAAGCCCUUCUGCUGCCUUCAAAGCAAGGGGAAUUUGUCGUCGAUACAGUCGAUGUCCCCAAUCCCGACGCCGGAGAAGUCUUAGUUCGCAUUGAAGCUGCGUCGUUGAGUCACCUUGAAUUGCUGAUGCAACGGACCGGAAUAUACAUCACAAGCUAUCCCGCCAUUCUCGGCUUGGAUGCUGCUGGAGUCGUUGUAGCUGUUGGGGAUGAAGUGGAGAAUGUAUCACUGGGCGACAGAGUGUUGUUUGUUGCCAACUUCAAUCUUGCAAACCGCUUUGCUGCUCAACAGCAGUAUGCCGUUAUGAAAGCCAAUUUAACUUCCAAGAUUCCUCCGAACAUCACGUUUGACGAAGCUGCGACCUUACCAUGCAACCUAACAACCGCCGUCAAUGGGUUAUAUAGUUCUGUUGCUUUUGUGGCUGGUGGCAUCCAGAGAGGUGGUGCAAACCUGACACCUUUCUGGAAAGAGGGAGGGCGCGGCAAGUACGCCGCUCAGCCGAUCGUCAUUCUCGGAGGAUCGUCAUCUGUGGGUCAAUAUGCGAUUCAGCUCGCUCGAAUAUCCGGAUUCUCUCCAAUCAUAACUACAGCAUCUCCUAAGAAUGCUGACUUUGUGACGUCCUUCGGAGCGACGCAUGUCCUCGACCGCAAUCUUUCCCGCGAGGUUCUCAUUGCCAAGAUCAGGGAGAUUACAUCGCAGCCUGUUCAUCUAGUUUAUGACGCAGUUUCGUUUCCCGAGACUCAGAACGUGGCUUACGACAUCCUCGCUCCUGGAGGAACUCUGAUCGUUGUUGUGCGCCCCGCCAUCGAUCAAGCGAAGUUGACUGUAGAUAAAUCCGUCUACGUGGUAUUUGGAAGCCCACAUAUUCCUGAGUAUGCAGAUUUCGACGCAGAAAUCUAUCGCAUAUUACCCGAGUUGCUGUCUUCUGGUGAAAUCAAGCCGAACAUUCCGGAAGUUGUACCUGGAGGUCUCUCCGGCAUUCCAGGUGGUUUGGAGAGAUUAAAAAGGAAUGAAGUCAGCGCACGGAAGCUUGUUGUUCAUCCACCUGAGACGCUAUAAACGUAGAAGGGUCAUCGUUUGACGUCUCGGGGCGCGGUUUGUUGUCUGCUUCCAACUCGGGUUUCUUUAAGAGUUUACGACACCUGGAGUAGCAAACAAAUAUUAUUAGUAGACCAUUGUAAUUAAUACAUACAGUACUUUGGCCACGUC